UAUUUUUAAUUUUUUCCCCCUCUUUUCGGCCAUUAGACAGCCAUUGAUCCCUGCACGAUCACUAUUAAUUCUUUUACUUCUCACCUAAUCCUAAUGUCAUUCUAAUCCUUUCCCUUCUUUGCAUUCCCUUCCUUUACCUUCCGUUUCUUGCAGCAGUGGCUCUGUGAGGCUGUUGAUCUUUAUCCAUCUCUUUAUUUCUAAUUUCUUUCUUUCCCUGCUUUCUCUCGUCAGGCAUCCAAGUCGGGACUUGGUCCUGUUCCAUUCCUUUGUGCUACGUGCUAUAGUUCCGGGGAAGAACGCACUAGAAAAGACAGAAAGAAGACGGAAAACGGCAAAAAAAGACCAAAAAAAUAUAGACAUAUUCUGGACAUUCAUUUUUCGAUCUCUUUUCGGGGCUUCUUGACGAAGCAUACCGCCAUCACUCAUUUAAUUAUUAGCGCAGAGACCGACUGGACCCAGCACCAUGAGGCUCCUCUUUUCCUUCCUUUUUGCUCUGUUCUUCGCCGGCGUGAUUUCGGUCCCGACAGCCCCUCAGCGGAAGAGCAGGUCCUACAAAGUUGAGCGGGUCCGACGUGGGAAUGACGCUAUCCAUGGUCCUGAUGCUUUGCGCAAGGCCUACCGGAAAUACGGCAUCGUCCCCAUCAAUCUGGGUAUCGACUUGAAGGACUUUGAGCCCAUCAACAACGCCAAGCAUGCCGCCGUGAACAAGCAGGUCGAUGAACCCGAGCAGUCGGGAGCUGUCAGCGCGGCCUCCGUGCAGGGUGACGCUGCCUUCGUGUCUCCGGUCCUGGUCGGAGGCCAGAAGCUGGUCCUCAACUUCGAUACCGGUUCCGCGGAUUUCUGGGUCAUGAACUCGCGACUGCCCAAGAGUGCCCAGCAAGGCCGCACUGUGUAUCACCCUAGUAACUCGUCCACGUUUGCCGAGAUCACGGGAGCCACGUUCAACAUCUCUUACGGCGAUUCUUCCUAUGCCCACGGUGGCGUGGGCACCGACACUGUCAACGUCGGCGGUGCCAUUGUCAAGAGCCAGGCCAUCGGCAUCCCGGAUGAGGUUUCCGACUCCUUUAUCGAAGACACCUACUCCAACGGCCUCGUGGGAUUGGGCUUUUCGUCCCUCAACACCGUCAAGCCCCAGAGCCAGAAGACGUUUUUCGAAAAUGCCGCCGAGACCCUGGACGAGCCCGUUCUGACUGCCGCCCUGAAGGCCGACGGCGUUGGUGAGUACGAAUUCGGCGUCAUCAGCCACGACAAGUACACCGGCGAGAUCUCGAACGUGACGGUGGAUUCGUCGAAUGGGUUCUGGGAAUUCGAUUCGGCCCACUUCGCUGUCGGAAACGGAACCAUGCAAAGCAUCAAGAAGACGCCCACCGCCAUUGCCGACACCGGAACUUCUCUCAUGCUGCUCGACCAGGACGUGGUGGAUGCGUACUAUGACCAGGUGCACGGCGCGGUGUUUGCCAGCAGUGCCAGCGGCUACAUCUACCCCUGCAAUGCCGACCUGCCCAACCUUUCGAUCGCCGUCGGCCCCAAGCAUCUGGCCACCGUCCCCGGCCACCUGCUCCACUUCUCGGAGGUUGGCGUCAACCGGACCACCGGUGAAAAGGUCUGCUACGGCGGUGUCCAGUCCAACCAGGGCAGCUCGAUGCAGAUCCUGGGCGACGUGUUCCUCAAGGCCUUCUUCGUGAUCUUCGACCUGCGAGGACCGUCUCUCGGCAUUGCGUCCCCUAAAUAAAUUCCGUCCAUCCUUUCAGCCGUUCUAAUCGACUCUCGUGAAAGAUUCGACAUUUCCCAUGUUUUCGGUUUUGAUGGAGUUGUCUGGAAACCCAGGUUCAAGCGUAGAUUGCGGGCAAUAUAGAAGUGUCAAAAUAAUGUUGGGUGAUAUCAUUCUUUAGCAGAGCAAACCAAAUAAAGGCAUUUGAAAGUGAGUGU